AUAUACCUAAUCUCGAACCAUAUGAUCCACCACUGCUUGAUGCAAAAGCAUCCCCAAACGGAGGAAUGCGCGUUGCCGCGGAAAAGUUUCGCAUCAGCUUCUCUCGUGUGCGCGCUCGCAAGAGGAAACUCGAUGUCUCGAUGACUUUCUAAUCGCUUUUCCUCUCCCUAAACUUCUGCCUUUACUAUAUGCACCCGCCCCGAUAGUGUCGUUCAUCAGAAUAUCAGCAGCAGCGCAAUAGUAGCUAGGCUAGUUCAUUUGGUUAUAUUCAGCUCUGAGAGAAAGACUGCGUGAACAAAAUAAGCAUUGGAAACUGUUUUUGUUCUCUACAACCCUAAUGCAGGGAUAAAAAGCAAAGAUUGAUGUCAAAGAGGUCGUGGAGUGUGUGACAGCUGGGCGGAGAGACUGAAACUCCGGAGGCAGCACGCGCGCUGGGGCGGGCAGAUGUGCAGCUGAAUCCGCGCUUGGUGCUGUUUUUGUAACCAAGGGGAGAGAGACCGAGAGGAGGGGGGAGUUCUAAAGGGAGCCCGAGCCGCCGGUUCCGUUGCAGCUCGAGAAUUCUUAUGGAAAGGAUGCAGCGGAACCGGAGAGUUCCUCUGAUGCACGCGCGCUGCUUCCUCUUGUGUGUGAUGAGCGCGUGCUGGACGGCGUUGGAGGUGCGGGGGUCCCAACCGGAGAUCCCCCUAUCUGUGGUGAAACUCUGGGCUUCAGCAUUUGGUGGUGAAAUAAAAUCAAUAGCUUCAAAAUACUCAGGAUCUCAGCUCUUACAGAAGAAAUACAAGGAAUAUGAAAAAUCAGUACGAAUAGAGGAGAUCGACGGCGCAAAAUUGGUGAAAAAUCUGGCGCAGAAUAUGGAGGAGAUAUUUCGGAAAAAAGCGGAGGCCACACGAAGGCUCGUAGAAGCAGCAGAGGAAGCUCAUCUCCAGCAUGAGGAGAACCCUGACCUACAGUAUGAGUAUUUCAACGCAGUGCUGAUAAAUGAAGUGGAUGAAGACGGGAACAGCGUGGAGCUGGGAGGAGAGUUCCUCCUGGAACCCAACGAUCAUUUUAAUAACCUAUCCGUCAACCUCAGCCUCAGCGUGGUGCAGGUGCCAACCAACAUGUACAAUAAAGACCCUGACAUAGUUAACGGAGUCUAUUGGUCGGAAGCCUUGAACAAAGUUUUCGUGGAUAACUUUAAAAGGGACCCGACUCUUAUUUGGCAGUACUUUGGAAGCGCUAAAGGUUUUUUCCGACAAUACCCAGGGGUGAAAUGGCAUCCUGAUGAGAACGGUGUCAUUGCGUUUGACUGCAGGAACAGGAAAUGGUAUAUCCAGGCAGCCACCUCUCCCAAAGAUGUUGUGAUUCUGGUGGAUGUCAGUGGCAGUAUGAAGGGUUUAAGAUUGACUAUAGCCAGACAGACGGUUGCUUCCAUACUGGACACACUUGGGGAUGAUGACUUCUUCAACAUUAUUGCAUACAACCAAGAGAUCCAUUAUGUGGAGCCCUGUCUAAAUGGCACUCUUGUUCAAGCUGACAGCACUAAUAAGGAUCACUUUAAAGAGCAUCUAGACAAGUUAUUCGCCAAAGGAAUCGGACUCCUGGGCAAUGCACUGACUGAGGCUUUCACUAUCUUAAAUGAGAUUAAUCAGACCGGCCGUGGAAGUUCAUGUAGUCAGGCGAUCAUGCUGAUAACAGACGGAGCUACUGAAAUGUACGAUAAUGUUUUUGCCAAAUAUAACUGGCCUGAGCGCAAGGUUCGCAUAUUCCCUUAUCUGAUUGGCCGGGAAUCUGCAUUCGCUGAUAACCUAAAAUGGAUGGCGUGUGCCAAUAAAGGUUAUUUUAGUCAGAUCUCCACGCUGGCUGAUGUUCAGGAGAACGUGAUGCGAUAUUUGCAUGUGAUGAGCAGACCUAAAGUUAUCGACCAUGAACAUGACACAGUGUGGACUGAAGCCUAUGUGGACAGCGCACUCGCACAGGCGCACAAGCAGCUUGGAGAGAAUAAAAGUCCGAACCCGAUGACCACAGUGGCCAUGCCUGUGUUUAGCACCAAGAAUGAAACGAAAAACCAAGGCAUCCUGCUUGGAGUCGCAGGCACUGACAUUCCUAUUCAAGAGUUAAUGAAAACCAUCCCAAAACACAAGCUUGGAAUACAUGGAUAUGCGUUUGCCAUUACCAAUAACGGAUACAUCCUGACGCAUCCCGACCUGAGGCCCAUGUACCAGGAGGGCCAGAAGAGGAAGAAACCCAGUUACAGCAGUGUGGACCUGUCAGAGGUGGAAUGGGAGGACACAGAGGAUGUUUUACGAACAGCGAUGGUGAACAGACGAACUGGCACUUUCUCCAUGGAAGUGAAAAGAACAGUGGACAAAGGGAAACGUGUCUUGACAAUGCACAAUGAUUAUUACUACACUGAUAUCAAAGGAACUCCUUUUAGUGUAGGUGUGGCGCUCUCUCGAGGACAUGGAAAAUACUUCUUCAAGGGAAGUGUUUCACUAGAAGUCGGUCUACAUGAUCUGGAGCAGCCGGAUGUUGCCCUUGCUGAUGAAUGGACAUACUGUAACACAGAUGAGCACCAUGAUCAUCAUCAUCUGACUCAAGUUCAGGCCAUCAGACUCUACAUGACCAGCCGCAAACCACAUCUCAAAUGUGACAGAGAGCUGAUUGAGCAGGUUUUGUUUGACGCGGUCGUAACGGCUCCCUUAGAAGCGUAUUGGACUGGACUGGCCCUCAAUAAGUCUGAGAACUCUGAUAAAGGGGUUGAGAUCGCUUUUCUCGGCACUCGAACUGGCCUUUCCAGGACCAACCUUUUUGUGGUUCCCGAGCAGCUGACCAAUCAAGAUUUUCUCACCGCGGAAGACAGGGAGGGCGUCUUUAAUGCAGAUCACUUUCCUCUGUGGUAUAAAAGAGCCGCAGAGCAGGUGCCCGGCACCUUUGUGUACUCCAUUCCCUUCAGUUCAGAUCAGGAUCAUUACAUCCCACUCAUCAGCUCUUGGGCUCCUUAUCACACAGACAGCGCUGAACUCUUCUCUGAUCAAACACUCUCCCUGCCUCAUCUGCCUGUACCACUAAAAUGGGGUGAAAAUAAGAGUGUGGUUUUGGCGAGCACUGCUAUCCAACUACUCGAUGACAGGAAGUCUCCAAUAGUGGCAGCUGUGGGGAUUCAAAUGAAGUUGGAAUUCUUUCAGAGAAAAUUUUGGACGGCCAGUCGCCAGUGCAAUGCUCUGGACGGGAAAUGUACCAUCAGCUGUGAUAAUGAGGACAUUAAAUGUUAUCUAAUAGACAACAAUGGCUUCAUCUUGGUCUCUGAAGACACUUCACAGACAAACCUCUUCUUUGGAGAAGUGGAGGGAGCCGUGAUGAACAAACUGCUUCUGAUGGGCUCAUUUAAAAAGAUUAAUUUGUAUGACUAUCAGGCUCUGUGUAAAGAGUUCGUAGGCAGCAGUGACAGCGCACGCACUCUUCUGGAUCCCUUCACCACUGUGAAAUGGCUCUUGACUGAAGUCGUCAUAUUUCUGUUGGAGUUCAACCUUUACAGCUGGUGGAACUGUGACUCGACAGUCAAAGCCCAGAGAGCUCAGAGGACAAUGAUGGUGCCGUGUGACACUGAAUACCCAGCUUUCGUCUCUGAGCGCACCAUCAAAGAGACCACAGGGAACGUUGACUGUGGUGGCUGUGCGCGGACCUUUGUUAUUCAGCAGAUUCCCAGCAGUAACUUGUUCAUGGUGGUUGUUGAGAAUAAAUGUGACUGUAGCUCCACCCCUCCAGUUACCAUGGAGCCCAUCGAGAUCAUUUAUAAUGAGUCUCUGAAGUGUGACAGGCUGAAGUUUCAGAAGGAUCGCAGACGGCCAAAGUCCUGUCAUCCAUUUCAUCCAGAGGAGAACGCUAUGGAAUGUGGAUCAGCGAAUUCUUUGAGUUUUCCACUGGUGGCUAUUUUAUUCUCAGUGUUGCCAUUUGUGAUCAGCAGGUGACCUCUGACCUCUGCCUUGACCCAUUAGACUUACUAUACACUCGAAUCAGAGAGCCUUGCUUCUGCCAAACAUGAGUUCACAGAGACGAAACCAUCUUGGUGAUUUCUGGAUUACUGAAGAUAGAUGAUAUUUAUUACAAAGACUGUGUUAGAAUGUGCUGAGUGUUUUCUUCAUACAUGUGGACCAGUGAACAAGCCUGAAUAUCAGUGGCCACCACGAGCGUCACAGCUAAAUGCAGUCCAUGUAGCUGUUCUUCAAGGUGCAUACACCUCAACUUUAGUCUAUAUCUGUACUGUGUGAAGCGCAGCCAAAAACUGAGCAGAAAUGUCUCUUAUUUCUUUAUUAUUUGCCUGCCUUUCAGAUUUAUUCUGUUUUUAAUUUGGAGUCUUAAGAUGCAUGCUGUGACAAAAUAGGAAUCUUUCACAGAGCUGUUUGUAAGAAUAGCAUACAUUGUCAUCAAAAGAUGAGAUGUGGAUUCUUCACAAACUUUAUAAGUUUUGCCUGCUUAAAAAUGUACUUGGAAAAUAACUUUUAAUUGCCUAAUCCCUUUAAAUCAAAGGAAAGCCAUGUUAUGUAAAUAAAAACAUAUUUUCCAUCAU